AAAUGAUCGGCUGUGUUACGGCAGGCAUUGGAUCAUAGAACUGAGUCAUCCUACGGUGAGACGGCGAGGAGACGCGUACGUUCGGCUAGCUUUGUUAUAAAUGCCGCCUUCGAAGAAGAUCAUCGUCUACCCUCACCAUGGCACCAAAAACUCAUGAACAAUACGUCGCCGACCAACACAGAAUUAUGCCCUCAGUUGUUACCGUCAACUUGACAGGGAAAACGGUCGCCGUUAUUGGGGCAAACAUCGGCUUAGGAUUCGAAGCGUCGAAGCAUUUCGCGAGGAUGAAUCCCGAGCGAUUGAUUCUAGCAUGUAGAAAUGAGGAGAAGGGAAAGGAGGCGGUCUCUCGCCUUCAAAAGGAUACAGGAUACCUGAAGGCGGAGCUCUGGAUCAUCGACCUCGCAAAUUUCGGAAGUGUGACGGCGUUCGCUGACAAGUGCGAGCGUGAACUCGACCGGCUUGAUAUAUUGGUUGAGAAUGCCGGGAUGGCAGCCUUUCGGCAGGUACGACGUCGUUCGAGGGCUGGGAGACUUGUCUGCACACCAACAACCUCGGACCAUGGAUUACUGGCCAUUCGCCUGGUCCCAAAGAUGAUCAAUACUGCUAGAAGGUUUGGGGUCUAUCCGAGGAUUGUCGUUGUCGCCAGCGAUGUACACUACUGGACGACGUUCGAGAAGGAGCUGGUUGAAUCACCCAACAUCCUUGCAAAAUUGUCAAGCAAAGAAUACUGCACACCAGAAAUCAUGAAGCGACGAUAUUUUGAUUCAAAAUUGCUUAACGUGCUUUUCGCCCGCGCCUUCCAACAACGCCUUCCUCCUUCGGCUAUCACUGUCAACUCCGUCAACCCUGGGUUCUGCAUCUCAAACCUUCGCUCAAAACUACCGGAGGAGUAGUCAAGAGGCCAACGCUAAACAGGAGGCCGAGCUUGCUUUUACGACGGAGGAGGGAAGUCGGCAGCUUGUGUUUAGUGCUGUCGGAGGGGCAAACGACGAAGACAAGCUUCGAGGAGGGUACAUAUCGUUAUCGGAGGUCGUGGAGGAAAGCGACUUCGUAAUCAGUGAGGAAGGGAAGGUCGUACAGGACAAGGUUUGGGAUGAAAUGCUGGGAAU